AGUUCAGUUGGAGCCACAUCGCGCGAAUACACGGUCACUCGGAGCGCUUGCACUUUCCACUGCCUCUGUCCAUUAUCACGGUGAUUAAAGGUGUUUUCGGGGUAGGCUACCUGGUGCAUUCCACGUGACAAAAAUUACUCAUAUUCGGCGGAAUUUUCUGGGCAGAGAGGGGCGCCUCUUGCAAUUUCACCUUGUGCACCAUCGCCUCAGUACUGUGAUAUUGGUGACUUCGGGUGGUAACUUUUAAUUCAAAGACAGCAUCAUGUUGAGUGCAGAUAAUAGAUUCAAUAUGUGAACACAGACCUCGAUAAUUGAAAGAGUGAGUGAGAAAGAGGUGAAAAAUAUUGUCUCCACCUGUCUCUUGCCACAUUUACUGUUUGAGAAAGAACAUCCAAUAUUGCCACUUUGUGCCACACCAGGUGAAAUGGAUAUGGAAUUACAAUAAGAGAGUGCUCAAGUUGGACGAGAAAAAAAUAAUGCCAAAACCUCCUUGCUCAGUAAUUGGUGCCUUUCAUCAGAGAUUUAUGGUUGCAUUCAGCAGUGGACAUUGAUAUUCAUACGACAGUGCCUUCUUUUUUUUUUCGAUUUCUUCGACUCUCCUGGACCCCAUGCGAAAGCUAUUGUUAAUUUCUAAAUCACAAAAAUACCUUGGAGCUGUGCUUUGUAUAUAUUAAAUGUGUAGAAAAAAAAAGAUAGUGCGCGAAUGGACAUUACCAACGAAUGCAAAAUUCUCGUUGAAUAUUUUAAUAUUAUUUUGCACAUAGAAGCUGGAUGCCUUUCUGUGUGCGUUCAGAGAUAAAAGUGUGCAUUUCACAUCAAAUGAGUGUAUGAAAGGCUGUAAUUACCUUCUAUAUAUACAUUGGAUUGCAUAUCAAUUCAAUGCAUACUAGUGAAGCAACCUGACUUAUGCCAAGUCAAUUCAAUCACUUCAUCGCCAUGUUAAUCUGGCCAUUAAUUGCCCAUUCUCAUUAGAACCGUGAAUCAAUAGUCUAUUGAGAAAGAUAAAAAAAAAUCUAAAGAUAGUCAGUGUGUUCCAUUAAUUAAUGAGUGUAUACAUAGGGAGAAAUACGAGGAAUCGUGUGAUACAAGUUGAACCUGUAGCCUUUCAAUAUCAUCGACAAACACCAUGACAAUUUCGUACACUAGUGAAGUACCAAAUGGAAGUAGUUUUGGAUGUUUCUGGCGAAUUCUCAAGAAAUGGAGAGGCAGCGUGUACAAAUUGGUGUGGCGUGAGUUGCUGGCUUACCUAGGAAUUUAUUAUGCAAUUAAUCUCACCUAUAGAUAUGGUCUGAAUGACGAUCAGAAGAGCAUGAUGCAUAAAAUUCAGGUGUACUUCUAUCAUAAUUUUAGGACUUUUGAGAAAGUACGACAGUAUUUUGGGGCACAGAGUGAGAGUAUCCCAAUGUCAUUUGUGCUGGGAUUUUACGUGAGUCUUGUGGUGAAACGAUGGUGGGAGCAAUACAAACUGCUACCGUGGCCAGAUACACUAGCACUCUUCAUAAGUGCCGCCAUUCCAGGAAAUGAGGAGCAAGGAAGACUAAUGAGACGGAAUAUCAUGAGAUAUGCCUGUUUGGCAUAUGUGAUAACAUUACAGAGGAUAUCACUGAGGGUAAAACGGAGAUUCCCAACUCUGCAGCACAUCGUGGAUGCUGGUCUGAUGCUGGAGAGUGAGAAGAAGAUCUUCGAAAUUAUGAAUCAGAAGAGCCCUAUGUCCAAAUACUGGAUGCCCCUGGUAUGGGCAACAAAUAUCAUCAAUCGUGCGCGGAAAGAUCAAUUAAUUCAAUCUGAUCAUAUUGUCCAGACACUUCUUGUAGAGUUGUCUGACAUUAGAAGACGCCUAGGUGCUCUAAUUGGCUAUGACACCGUCUGCGUGCCAUUGGUGUAUACACAGGUCGUCACUCUUGUGCUGUACUCAUAUUUCAUAGCAGCCCUAAUGGGUCGUCAGAUGGUACCUCAUAUCGAUGGAUUUGUAGGAAAAUACGAAGAUCCUGAUCUCUAUUUUCCCCUAUUUACAGCCCUUCAAUUUUGCUUCUAUGUUGGCUGGCUGAAAGUUGCCGAAGUUUUAAUUAAUCCCUUUGGCGAGGAUGACGACGACAUUGAGCUGAACUGGUUGAUUGAUAGACAUAUCAAGGCGUCUUACAUGAUUGUCGAUGAGAUGCACGAAGAACACCCUGAACUGCUCAAGGAUCAAUAUUGGGAAGAGGUAGUACCCAAGGAUUUACCUUACACUCAAGCCUCUGAACACUAUCGCCGUCACGAGCCGAAGGGAUCAGCUGAGAAUUACAGAGUCAAGCCUGCGGAUGCAGUUUAUGCCAAUAUCGUGCCAAGCAAAAAUCGUCACCUUCCUGAUGAUGUCUAUGCCGAUUACGAAAGUGUUGACACACCAAUGGUGGAGCGUCGAAAGAACUGGUUCAGUCGUCAGAUAACGAGAAUGGGAUCUGCCAGAAGUUCAUCCACUGCAUAUUCAUCUGGAGGACUUAUGACUCGCAACAGACACAAUUCUGUUUAUUCAAGUCCUGAAGCAGCCCUGGGGCAGCAAAUUCAAGGAACUGCACCAGCACAGCAAAAAAUGAGCUUCUAUGAGAAACUCGUUGGAAGAAAGUCUGGUCGCAGUGGGAGGCAGCUUAUCAAACAAAGUUCCAAAUUGAGCCUAAAUGGCGUAGUUGCUUCAAAUGCACCUCCACGAAAUAGACCGCGUAUACCGACGCCGGAUGUAACGAAGGAAGUUAUGGACAGAGAAAAUCGUCUAUCGAUUGCAAUGACACCCACAUCAUCCAAUAAUCAGACAUCAGUUGCAUCUGGAGUAGCUUUAAUGGCUCAACAGCUCGCUACUACUCCUUCAAUGUAUGCUCCAGCGAUGAACUCUGAUGUAUCCGUUGUUGGCACGUUAUUGCUGUCGCCGAUCAAAGAGCUGGAAUCUGGUUCGGUAAACAGCAGCCUUAACACAAGCAAUCCCGCAACGACAGCCUUGGCCAAAUCCAUCCUGUCGUCAAAUCUUCAGCAAUCAGAUUUGCAUGUUGUGGUUCUUUCAGGAACAUCGCCCUACAACAACACUAGCGUUAGCAACAUCACGGAGCUCGCUUCGUUUGCAGCUGAUGACGAAACUGGGAAAAACAGUACAGCUAUUCUUCCAGCUGUUGUAUUCCCAACAAGUCUAACUAGCACAGAGAAUGGCAUGAAGGUGGCCACUUUGCCAAGGAGUCUUGCGAAGAGCUCAUCGAAUGUGAUUAUCACCGAAUUAACGGAAAGCGAUACGGAUAAUGUUGAUGCGACAGCAACAAAGGGUACCCUAUCUCGAGAAAGCAGUAAUGCCACAACCAACUCAACGCAUUCAACAUUAGAAACCUUUACGGGGACUAUUGCGGGAUUGUUCAAGCCGGCCGAGAGUGUCCGGUCCACGGGCAAGAAGUCAGACAGUAAGACUGGAGAAGUGUAUGUUUAGAAGAAAAGAUGCUGAAGGAGCUCCCUUAGGAUUAGUAUGUAAAUAGAUCCUGUUAUGAGUUAUUGUCCCCAAGAAUAUUAUUUUUAUCAUAUCUGUAGUAGGAAUUUUCACAAAUAAACAAUGAAAUUUAGUAUUCA